GUGCUCCUCAUCCUGUAUGUCCUAUGUCGGAGUCCCCAGCCGUCUCUCAGCCCGUCGAGAGAAUCCCACUGCCUAAAUUCAAUCUCGAUGAACUCGACGAGUCGGAAUGCUGGUGGCGCGAUCACCAAGUUUGGCUCGCAGAACGCGGAUAUAUGCUUCGUCCUCGUUUCAGGCCUGGCUGGACACCGUCUUGGAAGGCUAAUCCGGGGAAGCUCACUUUGUUGCAUGAGGACUGGCAUCCUAUCUUGCACCCCCGCAUCAUGGACGCUGUCCGCAUAGCGGACGAUCGUCUCGUUAUGUUCAAACUCAUCAAGAAGAGCCACUACCCGCAUGAGCUGGAGAUAACCCAGUUUCUUGCCGAUACAACACGAGCAGACCCUCGCAACCAUACGGUACCUAUCCUGGAUGUUUUCGACGUUCACGACGAUGUAGACUUCACUUUGAUCGUCAUGCCGCUCUUGCGGCAGUGCGACCGUCCAAAGUGGAAGACCGUUGGUGAGGUUGUCUCUUUCCUUUGUCAAGUAUUUGAGGGUAUGAGCUUUAUGCACGAGCUCCACAUAGCGCAUAGGGACUGCCAGGCGCCGAACAUCAUGUACGACCCCAGCCCCAUGUACCCUGACAUGUUCCAUCCCCGGAUCCAGUACAAAGCACGAGACUGGAAAGGCGACGCCAAACACUCUACGCGCACAGCUCGCCCAGUAAGAUACUACUUCAUCGACUUUGGGCUCUCUCGCAAGUACAAUCCCGAGGAUGGGCCCCCUCGCGAGAUGCCUAUCCGAGGCGGGGACAAGACCGUGCCCGAGUUUCAGAACUGGGCCGGCGAGUCUCUUGACCCCUUCCCCACCGAUAUCUACUAUCUUGGGAACAUGAUUCGCAUGCAUGUCAUGCAGAGAUACUUCAAGACGGAGUUUCUUGCGCCGUUAGUCGACGAGAUGACCUGCGCCGAUCCCACGAAGCGGCCAACAAUCCAGCAGGUCGUCGAGCGCUUCGAUCGGCUCGUGAAGACGAUCGCAUCCCGGAAACUGCGCUCUCGCCUCAUCCCUCGCGACGAGGACCCGAGCGAGACGUUCUUCAAGAACGUCGCACAUGCCUUUCGCACGGCGCGGUAUAUCCUUACACGCAAAUCUGCUAUACCCAUCCCUUGAACUGCGAACGAUGGUCACGACGGUGCUACCAGGCUGUAUCAUACUUAUAGGAGUAUUCGAGCUGGUGAUAUACAGUGAACCAUCAGCCUGGCCUUUCUCGAUCACGUCCGCUCUUGUCAAUACCCUUUCAAGGUCCGACAUUCCCGGAAACUUCUCAACAAUAAGAGGGGCGACCAAAGUCUGAGAGGCAAGGCUGUUAUGGAAGUCGAGUCAGGACUUUCGAGCCCACCCGCCGCGGCUCUCGUGUCCCCUUUUCUCUUCCACUCGCCCCUCAGCAACUCAUCGAGUCUGACGACUUCUGUGAAGCACCCACCUCACAGCUAACUGCAUUCC